UUCAUUUCAUUUCUUCUCAAUUCUUCUUUUCCCUCCAUUUCAUUUCAUCUUCUUCCUCAGUAGAUUCAUUAAAGAACAAGAUGACUCAACAAGCCACAGACGAGGAGGAUCCUUGUAAUGCUUCAACCUCUAAUACAAAACGUGAUAUAGCUUGGGAAUGGGCUAUAUCAGUUAAUCGGCGCGUCAAAUGUAAGUUAUGUGGUCAUGAAAUGAGUACCAUUUUUAGAUUUAAAGACCAUCUUCUACGAAUUCCAGGCGAGGUAAGACCUUGUCCAUCCACUACACCGGAAAUUAUGAACAAAGUUGCAGAAAGCAGAAAAUUAAAGAUUCAGAAGAAAACAGACAAGAAGAGGAUUCGUAAGUUUUUUGGUGAUUUGGAUCAAAUUAUGGAGCAAAGUGAUGUGGAACUGGAUGGUGGGAAUGUAAGGGCCAGUAAGAAAAUUGUAACUAAAAGGAAAUUCCAUGUUGUGAGUGAUGUUAGAGGUCCACUUGACUUACUAGUUAAAUCAGAUCCGGCGAAGCAGAAAACAAUACAAGAGCUCCAGCCAGCAAAAAAGCAACUGAAAUUGGAAGCAUGGGAUGCAAUUGGCGCAUGGCAAACCGAGCAGAAGCUUCUUAGGAAGACAAAUAGAGAUUGUGAAGGUGCUGCUACAGAUCCUAUAGAAAUUAGGGACUCAAAACUAAAGAAGAAGGUAAUGGAGGAACAUGACCGUUCCCUUGAUGUAACAGGAAUUCAACCACCUGCUACUGAUGAUACCCCUGAUACAAUUGGGAGGAAGAUGGAAAAUGUUGAAAGAGCAGAAAAGUCUGGAGAACCAGAAUCAUUGACAGGAAUUACGGAAACUGUGGUUGAAUCAGAGAUUCUGGAGCAUUACAAAAGUAAGUGUUUUGAAUUGUCUGUGGAGCUUGAGAACCAGAAAGUCGAGUUCACUAAACUCCAGGGUAAAUUGGCAGAGGUAGAAGAAACUAGAAAGACUGCUGGUACAGAUGAGAGUGAACGGACACCCGCGGAUGCAACUGAAUGUUGGAGGAAAAUGUUUUCUGAUUUGGCGGAAACUAUGGAGUCUCGCAUUUUGGAUUUGGAGAAGAUAGUCCUGAGGAUGGAUGAUAAAAUUUCAACAGUGGAAGGAUGUGUAGAGUCUCGCAUUUCCAAGUUGGAGAGCCUAGUCCUGAGAAGUGGAAAAGAAAGUUCAAUAUUGAGAUGUGUACAAUUACGCCAUUCUGAAAAGAUGGAGUCCGAAGUGCAGGGUUCGCAAAAUGACGUUAGUCAAAGGUGUGAAAAGCAAACGGAUGAAAACGGCAGCAAGGAUUCCGAUGCGUAUGAGUGUAAAACCAAAGAGAAGGUGCUGAAUGUGUAUGACGCUGAUUGUUUACGUGUAUCAAGUGAGGGUGAAAACGUUGGAGAAAGGAAGGGUUGGGGCUGUUCGGAGGAGAGACCAUCUCAACAUGGAUCAUCAUCUCAAGAUCAUCUGGAAAUGAGUACGGAGCCUUUUGUGAACUUUGUCUCAGACGAUGACAGUGUUGAAAUUCUUGGCGAAUUUGAAGUUUCAGAUGGUUCUACUGAUUCAGAAGGUUCUCUUGGGGUCUGUAUGGACAUGCUGGCGAUGAAAUAUAGGAAUACAAAUGAAGACAAAGAAAUAAAAUGGGAGUUUGAGGCUGAUAUGCUUUCAUCAUUUGAAGAGGAUCAUGAGCUUUGUAUGAAAGCUGUUUGUGCUCUCUAUCGACAGCAGAUUUCUGAAGGCAAGGGGUUGCUCCAUAACAGCGAUGCACUCAGGUGUACUACUUUGGCCAAGUUUCUAAUGAAUGAGGACUGUGAAGGUGACCUGAACAAGUCUGUGAAAGAGUUGGAGAUAUUUGAUUCUAAAGGGGUUGAAGACUGCAAGAGGCUGGCUAGAAGAUACUCGACGCAGUUAUUCAGUAUUUAUGAAAACGGAAAAGAUCCUUUUUUCCUUCCAGCUACAACUGCCAGCCAUGGAGAUGAAACUGCCAAGUGAUAGAUUGUUGUGUAAGUGGACUUCUCUUGUUGUACAAUUAUGAAAAGGGAAACUGGUUAGUGUAAUAAGUGAUAGUAUUAUGGUAGUUACUCUUCAGGUUUUUAUGGUAGGGUGUAAAUGGAGAAAAACAACCUUUGUUCAGCUCAUGGAACUGAUAAUGAAAUGUGUGAAAUCUAAUUACUGAAAUGAUAACAAGAUUACCCCUUGUACUUUAGUAUAACGUUUUGUAGAACGUAACAAGGUUGCUGACUGUGUGUUGCAUAGUUUUUAUGAGGAAGUCUAGUGGAAAAAUAAAGUACAUUUGGCAUUGUAUGUGCAAAUUGUGUUAUAA